CCUCCGCCCGGAGCCCGGGAGCCCCAGGCCCAGCGGCGCGGGCCACGCCACGCGGUGUCCGCGCCCGGGGCUCGGGCCGGCUGGGCGCGAUGGCGACUUGGCGGCGGGACAGCCGGCUGACUGGCAGCCAACGGCUGCUGUGCGCUGGGCUGGCGGGGGUGCUCAGCCUCAGCGUCACCGCGCCGCUGGAGCUUGCCACCGUGCUGGCCCAGGUCGGCGGGGCGCGCGACCGCGCCCGGGGGCCGUGGGCCGCGGGGCUCCGGGUGUGGCGUGCCGAGGGGCUCCGGGCCCUGUGGAAGGGGAACGGGGUGGCGUGCCUGCGCCUGUUCCCCUGCAGCGCCGUGCAGCUCGCCGCCUACCGCAAGUUUGUCAUGCUUUUCACGGAUGACCUGGGCUGCAUUUCCCAGGGCAGGUCCAUCAUGGCCGGGAGUCUCGCUGGCAUGGUUUCCACCAUUGUGACAUAUCCUACAGACCUCAUCAAAACCCGACUGAUAGUGCAAAACAUGCUGGAACCAUCUUACAAGGGGAUCCUCCAUGCUUUUUCUACCAUUUAUCACCAGGAGGGGUUCCUAGCCCUUUAUCGAGGAGUUUCCCUUACUGUUUUAGGUGCUCUCCCUUUCUCCGCCGGCUCCCUUCUCGUUUACAUGAACCUGGAGAAUAUCUGGAAUGGACCCCGAGAUCGGUUCACUGUCCUCCAGAACUUUGCCAACGUGUGCCUGGCUGCCACCGUGACCCAGACCCUGUCCUUCCCCUUUGACACCGUGAAGAGAAAGAUGCAGGCCCAGAGCCCCUGUCUUCCGCACUGUGGAGGAGUAGAUGUCCACUUCUCAGGGGUAGUAGACUGCUUCCGGCAGGUAGUGAAGACGCAAGGGGUGCUGGGGCUGUGGAACGGAUUGGCAGCCAACUUGCUGAAGAUAGUUCCAUACUUUGGAGUUAUGUUUGGCACCUUUGAGUUCUGCAAGAGGAUCUGUCUCUACAGAAAUGGUUACAUUGUGUCUCCUCUGAGCUAUAAAUUGACCCCUGGAGUGGAUCAGAGCUUGAAGCCCCAGGAAUUGCGAGAAUUAAAGAAGUUCUUAAAAUCCGAAACACUGAACUCUAAAAAACCAACUCUUUAGAGUGGGAUGGAACUAGAAGUGCGCUGACUGCCGGGAUGUUGCAAUCCCAGAACCCUGGAGUCUCAUUGUGCCCACGUGGAGUGUCAGUGUCGAGAGGGCACUUCCUGUCUGCUGCGCUUGGAACUGAGAAGAUUCAGCCAUUUAACCACUGAGCUCCCAGCUGAUGUCCCUGUGAGCACCUGUGCCACAGGAAGGCUUCCCCACAGGACAGUGUCAUGAGGGCAUUCCACCAGGCUUGAUAACAAAACCUAGUGGUAAUGAAAUGUGCCACUCAUGUAACAUCAAAGAAAGGGCACUGCCUGUAGUUGAGCAGAUACCAUGUCAUGAGCUCAGCCACAGGGUCACAACUUGCCCAAGCCCAUGUUGGCCUAGUUUCACUCCAUGUAUCCUGAGUUCCAGUACAUUCGUUUUGGAACUCGUUUUCUUUGCUGACCUCUGAGUGCACACACCACAGUGUAGAACAUGCCUUAUCAGAAACUGGGAAUGUUUACCAUUGAAAAGCCGUCCCUGUUGAAGUGAAACUAUCCUUUAUUUAAAUUGGAAGCAUCCCAGGCUUAGAAUCUUGUGUUUCAGGAAGACAGAUUUCACCACGACUGCUUCAUUAUGCCCCCCAAAAAACCUUCCACUUGAAGUCACGUAUAGAUCACGUGGCCCAAAUUCUGUUUCUUAUAACUUGCUUUGCGAGCCUACCCUGAAAAUAAAUUAUUUAAUCAACUUAUACAAGAUGUCCCAGUUGCCUGGAAAGGAUCAAACAGAACAUUUAACACACAUACCAAAAAAAUGUAACUGUACAAAACACUUUGGGUAAUCAUCUCCACUCAAUUUUCUUUUUAUAAUUUGGGAUUGCUCCACCUUGGGGGUUCCAGCUCAAGUUUAUUGAGUGUGCCUUUCACAUAGUGCCUACCUAUGCGUUAGAAAAAAAGAUGUCUAAUGUUAAGUUGUUAAUUUAUUCAUGCACACCACAGAGGCUUUCAGAUGGUGAAAGUAUUUUUCCUUAUUAAAUAUAUUUUCC